AAAUGUGAAGAAUACAACCCGGGGGUACAAAUUGACCAAAGGGCUUACGGAUAUGGUUAAAAUGUAAGAUCUGAACCGUGUUUGAAGUCUGUUAUUGUUGUUAGUCGAAGGAAUUUCGCGGAACGUUGGAAACCCAUGCAUACACGUUUUGAAGAGGUAUCUUUAGGUUCACGUCAAUUUGAUUUCGUUUUUGUAUUGACUAUAAUUCUAAUAAUUCUAAUAAAUAAAUAUUCCUUGUCACUAAACAUUUCGUCUGAGUAUUGAGACAAUCUGGGUGACGUUUGCGUGUAUAUUUUUUCCAGCUUAGAAAUGUCUAAAUGUCUAAAUGUCUAAAUACAGAAAGAGAAUUAUAGCCCGAGGCAACAAACACCAGACAAAUUGUCGUUUUCAAAAUCCGUUUUGUGCAUUAGCUAGGCAAACUCAGUUGGGCAUUUUUUCGGAUUGAGAGCGCAUUAAAAACCCAUCCCCACACCUAUAACGUACCCUUUUGAAGGCCCAUUAUAAAACUUACCGAAGACAUUUAAGUUAUGAAUAGAUUUGACCUUUUUGGGGGCCAGUUUAAAGUCGAAAAUUUGAAAGUUACCUGCUCAGUGCACGGGCGAAAAGUGAAGGAGAGAGAGAGGCUGUGUCAGCUUUCAGCAACACCACAGAAACUGCUAGCCUACCUCUCACGCGUUUACCAUGGAGUCCAAGUGCACCCAUCUCGUCUUUGCUGUCGUUUGUUUGAUUCUGUGUGUAGGGGACAGCUCCCAACAGCAGAGGGGCUCCUUCGCUUACCCACGUCCUGUUGCCCAGCCACAGUACAGACCUUCUCUCCCGUCUUUUCCCAACCGGUACCCCAUCUGCUGCCAGCUUCCGUUCAUCGCACAGAGGCCAAGCUUUCCCCAGGCCGCUGCUGACGGAAGCUUGACCACAACACAAGCUGCAACAACCACAGCAGCAGCAACGACUGCAGCAGCUGCAGCAGCUACAACCACAACGUAGUGAGUGAGAAGGGACGACGGGGAGGAUGUGAGCGCCACUGUACUGCCGUGAUCUGAUAAAAUAAAACGCAUUUUUUUCUCAAAAUCAAA